AUGGCUUACAGUUAUACUUUUAGAAUUGAAAAUUUCAUGCAACAAAGAAGGUUUAAUUUUAUUAGAAUAGCACAAAAUAUAUUUUCAAAGGAACAAAAGCUUCAAGACUUGCAUUGUUCACCUCAAAAGACGAUCUUUUUGACAUUGCAUAAAAUAAUGGUCCAUAAAAUUAAAAUUUAA